AUGGUAGCAAACCGCUGCCUCCUUCUAUCGGCUACUGUCCUAUCCCACCAUGACAAGGCAUUGUCGAGGGGUUCAAGUAUACCAGAUGUUGCAGUUUUGAGGAGUUGGAGAGAUCAUCUUCCUCCUUGUGCUUCUUCUGUUGUCAAGCUUUCUCAGCUUACUGCUGUCAACAACAGAAACGAAUCCUCUGUUUUCUCGUCUGGUGGAUACAACUGGAGAUUGGUUGUAUACCCUAAAGGAAAUGAAGAAGACAAUGGAAAAGGAUUUGUCUCAAUGUAUGUGGAACUUGACAAGAGCUGCCUCUCACCCACAUCAGCACCACCCACGGAGGUCUCUGCUUAUCUCUCUUUCUUUGUCUUUAACAAGAAAGAGAAUAAGUAUUUUUCAGUUCAAGAUGUGGAAGUAAAGAAAUUCAGUCCUUCAAGAACGGUCUGGGGAGUUUCUCAAGUUCUUCCACUUGAGGUUUUCAGCGACCUUGCCAAUGGAUACAUCUUGGAGGGAGAAGAACAUGAGUUUGGUGCUCAUGUGAAGAUUGCUCCAUCACCGGUCGCUGCUGCUGAAAACCUCCCUUUUCACAAGUUCUCUUGGAGUGUUAGGGAUUUCUCUCUUCUGAAACAGAGUGAUUACGUCUCAAAAACCUUCCAAAUGGGAGAAAAAAGUGGACUCUAACCGUUUAUCCAAAGGGAGACUCUAGCGCAGAGGGCAAAUUAUCCAGCUAUGUGCAUUUAGCUGAAGGGGAAAACUUAUUGACGGGUGAGCUGGUUAUGGUGCGAGCACAGCUGCAGGUUCUAGACCCGCGUGGAUCGAAAAACCUAUCAGA